ACACAUGAUGUUCAUUAUUUGACAGUGGGUAGAUGGAAACACCCUUUUUGUUUGAUAAGAGCUUUCCUCUACACUUCAGUACCUGAAAGCAACAAAAGUGCUUCUCUUCAUCAGUAGCAUUUGUUUCUGUAAAGAAAUCAACAUCUUCAAUGGGUCUGCGUAAUUCACACCCAAAGCUCUACCCAGGAGAUAUACUUGAAUUCCCCCGAAACAAGUAUUUCUCCCAGUUUGGAGUUUACUAUGGAGAAAGAGACAGUGUCCCCUAUGUGGCACAUUUAACAUGCAGAGACUCUGAGGCAAAGUUCCUGGUCUAUGGUCGUGCUUUAAAUGCUACUGUGAAGCUGGACCCAAUUGAUGUAGUUGGGAAAAAAUACAAAGUGAACAAUUACUUGGAUGAAAAGCACCCACCUCGAGACUUCUACUCCCACAUCAAGCCAGAGAUUGAAGAUGCAAUGACUAAAACCUUCACCUAUGAUAUCCUGUUCCACAACAGUGAACACCAGGCAACACUAUUACGCUAUGGAGUCAAAAAGUCAGAGCAAAUUGACAAUGUUUACGCAAAGAUAGUUCGAACCUGGCGUGAACCCUUCCAGAAGAAGAAAUUUUGAUUCAAGUUCUACAAAUAACCACUUGGGGGCAGAAGUGAGACAUACAAUAUUGUUGAACUGAAACUCGGCAUGAAGACAAAAAAUUAAUGAGCGACUCAUUCAGUGUUGUGAGUUUGGAGAAAUCGUCCAUUUUGUGAUGCUGGAGAAAAGGGUAGACUUUGGCAUUAAGAGAAUGAAGAUUUGUAAAAUGAAAAACAAUAUUUCAGAUUUAAUAUUUGGGUUUUUUACUUUGAACUGUUUCUUUUCCAAGCCACUAGUUUACAUUUCUACACAUUUCUACUUUCUCCUAAUGCUGAGGUGUAACGUUUCACUUCCUCUAAGCUCUCUUCACAGUAAGCUAUCAUACACCCUUUAAUGAAAUAUCUCAAGUAUUUUUCUAAUCAUUAACAUGACCAAAAUAUUUCCUUCUAUAUAUGAUUUGUAUCAUAUAUGUGUUUAAUAUGUACAUAAUUUGUACUCUCAGUACUGGAAACCUUUUCCUAAUCUGAAAUCUUCCAAAAUCUGACAAGAUUUUAAAUGUCUUUAUAUCUUGGAAUAAGGUUCUAUACAGAAUUAUUUACAUAAGCUAUGUGUAUAUUACAUCAGAAUAUAGUUUGUACUCCACAGUGCUUCCACAUUAUUUGUUAACAUUUUAAAUAUUUGUAUUAUCAGUAGUAAGUAAGAAAGAUUCUGUAGAUUCUACAAAGAUUCUUUGCAGUAAAAGAACAAAAAGUAAAAGAGAGUUGCACCAUGAAUUGUGUCCUGAUUAAAUUGUUGCUCAUUAUAUACACUUGGGUGUUAAAUUUGCUGGUGUGUUAUGGAAUAACUGUUCAAUGUAAUUGUAAUGUUAAUUUUUUUAUUGUUUUGUUGUCAUUGCAAUGUGUGAAAAAACCAAUAGAAGGAGAAGAAAAGAUUAUUAAAAUAUUCACUUUAAUUUGAAGCAUUUUAACAUUACAAGUUAAGCCUGCCGUAUAAGAAACGGUCGAAGUAGUCUAGGCAUCCAGUCAAAAAAAAAAGAUAAGAUUAAAGCAUUAUUUUAACUAUACACAUUUUUUCACAACAUUGUAAAUAUUACAAUAUUGUAAAGUCUAAAAUAAAACAAUACAUAUCUUUCACAAGUAUUUUCAAGAUGACCGAAAAGGUGUUCUGGAGAAAUCGAUUGAUUGUUGUGUCCCUCAUUUAACCAGUUUGUGUUUUUCACAAGGACUUUUAGAGGAGGUUGAAAUCAAGAGCUGUGUUAUUUAGACCCUGAAAUCCAAACAGCAGGAAACACAAAAGAUUUAAAGCUGUGACAUUCUGAGACUGACUGAUUUAUUGAUCUCUCUGGUUUGUGAUGUGGCCUCGUUAGAGCUGCAUAAGUCAAAGGAGCUUUGAGGUGAUAUAUGGCCUGAUUACUUAAUGAUUACACAUCAUUAACAUUUCAUGUUUGCCUUUGCACUGCUAUCAGUCUACUUCCUGAUUGUUGUUACCACAUUGGAAUCUUUACUUUGUUUGUAUUUGUAUUGUGGUUUGUUUACUAAGUAUUUUAUUAAAAUUCUGUAUUUUGCUUGCAA